CUCUAGAAGACAGAGAGAGAAGCGCGCACACACACACCUCACACACACAGAGACAGAGAAGCACACACACCUCACACACACAUAGAGACUCACCCAACAACAAAAAACACAUUUACAACACUCACUCAGCCUGCUGCUUUUCCAAUAAGGAGUUGUCACCGUCCACAGAAAGUGAGGAUGCUGCCAUGAGGAGAGGAGGGUGUCUGGUGAAUGGAGGCAGUUCCUGUCCCACUGCACUCCAAGAAGUCUGUCUCCCUGCUGGUCUCUCUGUCUGGACGGAAUAAGAGCCAAGCACAGCUGGACUGCAUGGGACCACAGCUAGCCUGGAUGGCUCUGGUUGCAACUGGACCUGGCCUGAGUGAAGACCUCGUCUAAGUUGGUCUAAUUUGGAGCCAAAUUUAGGUGUAGCCCCCAUGCUGGAGCUGGUCUGAGAGGGUCUUUCUGGACCUGGUUUGGAUGGCCAGGAUGAGACCACCUCUCCUGCUGACUGCUGCCUUAUUGACCCUAUGGACCGUUGCCCUGGUGACUGGAGACUACACAGAUACACACCAAGACAGAGCUGAUGAUAGCAACACAGGUGGACACAGAGACACCCAAUCAGACUCGGGUAUAGACAUGCAUCCAAAAGAAUUCCUUCCGGAAACACAGACAGACACAUAUGAUCAACAUCCGGACACAAACCCAGACUCACGCCCAAACUCCCAUCCGGACGUACACGAACACCCAGACAGCCAUCGUAUCAGCAGCGGUCUGAUGCAGUGUGGGGAGUACAGCAACGAGGUGUUGCCUAACGGUCAGUGUCGAGUCACAGCCACGCUGCCUCAGCUCCAACACCAGCGCUGCCCAGACAUGUUCCGCUGCACUGACGAAGUGUCCUACUGGCUGCAGGAGAACCAGGAGAGGAAACAGCAGCUGCAGGACCUCCAGGAGACCAUCUCCCAGCUACAGGAGGAACUCCGUAGUCACAGGCACCGAAUCAAGGUCCUGGAGCUACAGGGUGAGGAGAGGAACAACGUGAACGAGUCUUUAGAGGAGCGUUUCAGAGUGCUGGAGCUACAGUACGCUGAGGCUGACAGCCUGUUGCACACCCAUAGCUCCAUCCUGUUUGAUCUGCAGACUCAGGUCCGGAACCUAACCAUGACGGUGGAGCGAGUGAAACGCAACCCCGGCUGUAUGAUCAACAUCGUCAGGACCAGUCCUCUGCUCAGCGCCCAGGAGGCCCUUCACCCAGAGGUGCAGCAUGUGAGAAACUGUCCAAUAGACUGUGCAUCACUGUACUAUAACGGGGUGUAUCGGUCAGGUGUCUACACGGUGGUUCCCUCUCUGAGCUCCCAUCCUGUAGAAGUCUACUGUGACAUGGACACAGAGGGUGGUGGAUGGACAGUGGUUCAGCGUCGUCAGGAUGGGAAGGUGAACUUCAAUAGAGGCUGGCAAGACUAUAAGGAGGGAUUUGGAGAGCUCAGGUCUGAGUACUGGCUGGGGAACGAACACAUUCACCACCUGUCCACCCAGGGAGACUACAGCCUCAGGAUAGACCUGGAGGACUGGACACAUCACCACAAACAUGCCUUCUACCAGAGCUUCAGUAUUGAAGAUGAGGAGAAUCACUACCGGCUGCAUGUAUCAGGCUACAGUGGGACAGUAGAGGACUCGUUCAGCUGGUACCAUGAUAAACAGGACUUCAGUACUCCAGACACGGGGGAUAUCUGUGCUGAGAUCUCACACGCUGGCUGGUGGUACCACCAGUGUUUCUAUGCCAACCUCAAUGGAGUCUACUACAAGGGUGGACGGUACUCCUCUAAAGCCAAGACUCUGCUGGGUCCUGAUGGUGUAGUAUGGUACAGCUGGAAGGAUUCAGACUACUACUCUCUCAGGAAGACCUCUAUGAUGAUACGACCUAGAACCUUCAGACCGCGCCCGUCACCGUGACGACAGCCCGUCGGGACCGUGGGAGACCUGCUGAGGGCGCUUCUGACGUCACCUUGGGAUGGGACGUAGGACUGGAGAAGACACGAGGAGAACGCUGCAAUGGGAUUGUGUCCAACUGUUCAUGGAGUCUAAGAGAGAGUUUACUCACCCGGAUCAUUUACCCCAUUCCCGCCUGGUCGUCGGAGAAUUCCGCUACCCCAUUGGAUCCACCAAUUUACUCCCAUCAACUCACCACCGCUGCCCGCUACGCCACCUGGAUAUAUCUACCCAUUCAUAUUCACUUGUAAAUAAAUACUCACCUUC